UGGGCAGGAGUCCUGAGCUUGUGUCCUUAUGGUUGCAGGGGUGUCCAGAAAGAGAGAAAGCGCAUCACAGACUUCCACAGCCUCUGCUGCAGUCGGCUUCCUCUCACAAUGUCACUGAGGAUGCACACACAGUCUCCCAGCACCCAGGAAGACAUGGCGUUCAACCUGACCAUCCUGUCCCUCACCGAGCUCCUCAGCCUGGGUGGGCUGCUGGGCAACGGAGUAGCCCUCUGGCUCCUCAGCCAGAAUGUCUACAGGAACCCCUUCUCCAUCUAUCUCUUGGAUGUGGCCUGCGCCGACCUCAUCUUUCUCUGCUGCCACAUGGUGGCCAUCAUCCCCGAGCUGCUGCGGGACCAACUGAAAUUCCCAGAAUUCAUACACAUCAGCCUGAUCAUGCUUCGCUUCUUCUGCUACAUUGUGGGCCUGAGCCUUCUCGCGGCCAUCAGCAUAGAGCAGUGCCUGGCCACCCUCUUCCCAGCCUGGUACCUGUGCCGCCGCCCGCGCUACCUGACUACCUGCGUGUGCGCCCUCAUCUGGGUGCUCUGCCUGCUCCUGGACCUGCUGCUGAGCGGCGCCUGCACCCAGUUCUUCGGGGCACCCAGCUACCACCUGUGUGGGAUGCUGUGGCUGGUGGUGGCAGUCCUCCUGGCUGCCCUGUGCUGUUCCAUGUGUGUGACCAGCCUGCUCCUGCUGCUGCGGGUGGAGCAUGGUCCAGAGAGGCACCAGCCCCGGGGCUUUACUACCCUGGUCUUGUUGUCCAUCCUUCUCUUCCUCUUCUGCGGUCUGCCCUUUGGCAUUUUCUGGCUGUCCAAGAACCUGUCCUGGCACACCCCCCUGUACUUCUACCACCUCAGCUUCUUCAUGGCCAGUGUGCACAGUUCAGCCAAGCCUGCUAUCUACUUUUUCUUGGGCAGCACCCUUGGCCGGAGGUUGCAGGAACCCCUCCGGCUGGUGCUCCAGCGGGCACUGGGGGAUGAGGCUGAGCUGGGGGCUGUGAGAGAGGCCUCCCAAGGGGGGCUUGUGGACAUGACCGUCUAAGACCAGUGGGUCACAUGAGCAGCUCCAGCCCGUGGGGACCAGAGUUGCUGCCUGAUGUAGGUAAGAGCUGGCAUCAGAGCUCCAUUAGUGAGAACCCGGAGGGACGUCUUUGAUGAUGACCCAGUCAUGUGACCCCUGAGAGGAUGCUGGGAAAGAGCAGACAGAGAGUGAUGUUUCUGUAGAGGGCCCGGGACUGUGCACGUUAGGCGGAGCUGCAGCACUGUCUCAUGACGGCUGCCUCCACGGCCAACCUGCCCCCACGGCUACAGCAAGGAGAGCGGUCAGGCAUGAGACAGGUUAGUCAUGUGGUGGGCAGCUGACUCUCCACCACAAGCAUCCUCCUAGCUGUGGAGUGUGGGGUGACUUUUCUCAGGGCCCCAUGCUCCUCCCUUUAGUGUGGAAUAAAUGACAUUAAAAUUGGAUGUUCAGUUAGGUAGGGGGAGUAAGUGGCUUGGAAGGCCAAACUAUAGCAGAAGGCAUCUUCCUGACCCCACAUUGCAGCCAGAGAGCAAAGCCUGCCUGGCUUCGGUUAGGGAUCAAGAGCAAAUCUGUCACAGGCUUGCCACCCCAGCUGCUUGAGAGGCCAUGGCAGGACCUUCAAACCAAGCACCUGGGCUACAUCUGUAACUCUAGUUCCAGGGUCUCUAUCUCCCUCUUUUGGCUUCUGCAGGCACUGCACCCACGUGAA